AUGUUGGAGAAUUACAACAACCUGGUUUCUGUGGGUGUUACACUUUCAAAACCAGAGUUAAUCAUCUGUCUUGAACAACAAAAAGAGCCCUGGAUUGUUGAUCGAGAGAAAACAGAAGGAAGAGAACCAGGAAACAAACCUUACAAAUGUAAAGAAUGUGGAAAAUCUUUCUCCUGUUUCUCAAGGCUUAAAGUUCACCACAGAAACCAUACUGGAGACAAGUCUUACAAAUGUAAUGAAUGUGGAAGAUCCUUCUCCCAUUCAUCAUGUCUUAGAGUUCACCACAGAAUCCAUACAGGAGACAAUCCUUACAAAUGUAAAGAAUGUGGAAGAUCCUUCUCCCAUUCCUCAAGUCUUAGAGUUCACCACAGAAUCCAUACAGGAGACAAGCCUUACAAAUGUAAUAAGUGUGGUAAAUCAUUUACACAGUCCUCAGAUCUUAAAAUUCACUACAGACUCCAUACUGGAGACAAACCUUACAAAUGUAAUAAGUGUGGUAAAUCAUUUACGCAGUCCUCACAACUUCAUGUUCACUACAGAAUUCAUACUGGUGAGAAACCUUACAAAUGUCAUGAAUGUGGGAGAUCAUUCACCUAUUCCUCAAGUCUUAGAGUUCACCACAGAAUUCAUACAGGAGACAAACCUUACAAAUGUACUGAAUGUGGGAAGUCUUUUGCCCAUUCCUCAAGUCUUAGAAAUCACCACAGAAUCCAUACAGGAGACAAGCUUUACAAAUGUAAUAAAUGUGGUAAAUCAUUUACACAGUCCUCACAACUUCAGAUUCACUAUAGAAUUCAUACUGGUGAGAAACCUUUCAAAUGUACUGAAUGUGGGAAGUCUUUCACUCGUUCUUCAUAUCUUAAAGUUCACCACCGCAUCCAUACUGGAGACAAACCUUACAAAUGUACUGAAUGUGGGAAGUCUUUCACCCGUUCUUCAUAUCUUAAAGUUCACCACCGCAUCCAUACUGGAGACAAACCUUACAAAUGUACUGAAUGUGGAAAGUCUUUCACCAGUUCUUCAUAUCUUAAAGUUCACCACAGCAUCCAUACUGGAGACAAACCUUACAAAUGUAAUGAAUGCGGAAAAUCUUUUGCCCAUUCCUCAAGUCUUAGAAAUCACCACAGAAUCCAUACAGGAGACAAGCUUUACAAAUGUAAUAAGUGUGGUAAAUCAUUUACAAAAUCCUCACAACUUCAUGUUCACUACAGAAUUCAUACUGGAGAGAAACCUUACAAAUUCAAUGAAUGUGGGAAAUCCUUCACCAGUUCUUCCAGUCUUAGAGAUCACCACAGCAUCCAUAAUAGAGACACACCCUACAAAUAG